GAGAGAGAGAGAGAGAGAGAGAGAGAGAGAGAGAGAGAGACUCAUUUUGUGGGAGGCUGAGAAAAGAGAGGAACAGACACAUUUCCCACUCCCAUCUUUAAUGCCCUUGCUAUUUAACGGAGACUAGUUGCUAUAUCCCGUUAUACAUCUCUCUCUCACACACACACACACACACACACUCCAGGCUGUAGGAGGAGAGGAGGUGAAGAGAGUGUGAUUGGCAUGUGGGAAAAACACACACGCACCUACACACACCUGGAGCAGAGGAGAAACGCGGACGCCUUCGCUUGACUUAUGGAAAGAGGGAAAGAGGUGACCGAGAGCGCGCGACAGCACACACACACACACACACACACACACACACACACUGAUACCUAAAUACCUUUACAUCCACAAACUCACACCGACAGACAGAUGCGGUGGGAGCAGGAAGCACGCUCCAGCUGUUGGUGUGUGGUAGACUGAUUCCUCAAGAGUGAGGUGGUGGGGUGCUCAUGGCUGCCCUAUGGGGCCUGGGCUGGCUGGGUGUGAGCCUCACCCUGUUGGCCCUCGCCCCAGUGUGCCAGAGCUGCCCGCCACGCUGUGACUGUGUGGCUCAGCUCCGCUCCGUGUCCUGCCAGCGCAAGCGUCUGUCGGGUGUGCCUGAGGGCAUCCCUACAGAAACCCGGCUGCUGGACCUCAGUCGGAACCGGCUACGCUGGGUGUCACCAGGAGAUCUGGCACCGUAUCCACGGCUGGAAGAAGUGGACCUCAGCGAGAACCUCAUCUCUACGCUGGAGCCCAAUGCCUUUGCCAGUCUGCAGGCAUUGCGAACACUGCAUCUUCGCGGAAACCAGCUGAAGCUGGUGCCUAUGGGCGCCUUUGCUCGCCUGUCGAACCUCACUACCCUGGACCUGAGCGAAAACAAGAUUGUCAUCCUGUUGGAUUAUACUUUCCAGGACCUUCACAGUCUCAAACACCUUGAGGUUGGUGACAACGACUUGGUCUACAUCUCUCAUAAAGCUUUCUCGGGAUUGCUAGGUCUGGAAGACUUAACCAUAGAAAGAUGCAAUCUGACUUCAAUCUCUGGUCAAACCCUAUCCUACCUGCGCAACCUGGUGACCCUUCGAUUACGCCACCUCAGCAUCUCUACCAUCGAAGACCAAAACUUCCGCAAGAUGUCUGCUUUGCGUGGUCUAGAGAUAGACAAUUGGCCAUACCUGGAAUACAUCUCCCCGCUUAGUUUCCAGGGUCUAAACUUGACCUGGCUGUCCAUUACUAACACCAACAUUACUGCUGUCCCUUCUGCUUCUUUCCGCAACCUUGUUUACCUGACAUCCCUUAACCUGUCCUACAACCCCAUAUCUGUGCUGGAACCCUGGGCAUUCAAGGAUCUUAUAAGACUGAAAGAUCUUCACAUGGUCAGCACUAACCUGCAAGCUGUGGAGCCUCAUGCUCUGGGUGGUCUGAGGCAAAUUCGGGUUUUGAACCUCUCCAACAAUGAGCUGGUCACACUAGAGGAGAGCUCCUUUCAUUCUGUCAACAGCCUUGAAACUUUACGAGUAGACGGAAAUCCACUUUCUUGUGACUGCCGGCUUCUCUGGAUUCUACAACGCAGACGCACUCUGAACUUUGAUGGGAAAAUGCCAAUAUGUGCUGCUCCACCUGAGGUACAGGGUAAUAUUCUGAGCAGCUUUCCGGAUUCUGCAUUAUUUGACUACUUCACUUGCCAAAAGCCGAAGAUUCGCAACCGGAAGCUUCAACAAGUGACAGUGCGAGAGGGUCAGCUGGUGUCCUUCUUGUGCCGUGCUGAUGGUGAACCGGCCCCUGCCAUCAUCUGGAUCUCACCCCAACGGCGAAAGAUCACUUCUAAAAGCAGCAGCAGGAUCACUGUCUUACCAGGUGGAACGUUGGAGAUCCGAUAUGCCCAGGUGACUGACAGUGGCACGUACAUCUGCAUCGCCAGCAAUGCAGGUGGCAAUGACACCUACUUUGCCACUCUGACGGUGAAAGGACAACCGGUGGACCCUGCUCUGUUCGCCAACCGUUCUCUGUAUGCGGUGGACUUUAAUGACACUGGUCUGAACAGCACACGUGUCUUCCUUAAGUUCACACUUGACCUCACCACAAUCCUGGUGUCUACAGCCAUGGGCUGCAUCACCUUCCUGGGUGUAGUACUCUUCUGUUUCCUGCUGUUGUUCGUGUGGAGCCGCGGAAGGGGCCAACGCAAGAACAACUUCACAGUAGAGUACUCAUUCAGGAAGACAGAGGGGCCCACUACCAGUUCCACCUCUGGAGGGACCCGCAAGUUCAACAUGAAAAUGAUAUGAAACAACGCAGCCAGGGGCCCCCUGGGGGAGGCAUAAACACCCAACAUAAACACACAGCUCUGACUCGCAGUAACAUCAGAAGACAUUUUAGGGACUAAUGUGAUUCAACUUACCUUGAUCUCUCUGCAUUUGGAAAAGGUGUUAAUGUAUCAAUUAAGUCACUUGGAUUUGAUAAGCAAAUAAGUUUCCUUUACCUAAAUAUUGUUUGUUUGGUUGGUUGACAUUGUUACAACAUAUUAUUGCUACUGCUAAUGAUUUUGUUGUGCAAAAUCUAAGCAGCACCUCAGCAAAUAUGACCACCAACCAAUGUUAGAGUUAAAAUCCAUUAAUGAAUUUAAUAUACGUUAUAGUGGUUCUAAGGAAAUGACAUGCAAAUUUAAAAAAUACUAAAUUCACAAAUAGCAUUUGGUUUUUAAAUGAAACACCCGUCAUGCUACAGUUGAAAAAGCAACUGCCCAAACAAGUGACCCUAAAGGCCUUUGAAUCAUGAGUUUCUGAACAACACGCUUGGCUUUCUGUCAUGUCUGCGAUUAGGUGCUGUGUAAGUUGGGACAAGCACACUGGCCGCAACACUGUGAGUGCACUGCUGCUACUGCCAUACAGGUAUUCACUUAGCAGCAUUGUACUAUAGUGGAUAUAAGCUAACGUGCAGCCAGGACCUCAGGGUCUGGUUAGGAAGCCAAGCCUUGGGUACUGGCUGCACUAUUAGUGGAUGUAUAGUGCCUAUACCAGGCUGGUGGUGGGCUGAUAUGGGAUUUUUUUUCUCAUAUCCUCUCCACCGCCUGGCCUAGGCACACACUGAUGACCCAUAAGCCUUCAUGGGGGGAGGCUGCGGGCGCCAGGUCCAUUUGAUGUCAGACACUUGCUGUAUGUACAUGUCAACAAAUGUACACUAAAGCCAUUACCGAGUGACACCUGCACAAUACAGUUAUAGCUUUAUUUGUUUACAAAGCAUAGUACUAUGCAGGGAAGAUGUAAGACAUAUACAAACUUUCUUCAGCACACUUGAGUUUUCUUGUGUUUGCAUUUCAGGGAAUGGUAAAAAAAUGUGACCAGAGCUUGAUUUAUUUUUCUAUUAAGCUACUGUAUAGACCUUUGUUUUAGGUAAAUGUCAUUCGUUAGUGAAUAUGUUCAUUGAGAAGAAUGUUGUGUUCAUGGUUAUUGCCUUAGCUUUACCAUGCACUUUCGUUUUAAUUAUGCUAAUUACUGUUUGGUUCGGUUUUGCAGGCGCUAGCAGUAAUAGCAUCGAGUGCAAUAACAGAGAAAAUCUGGUUUACUGUCAUUUGCUUCUGAGACUUUGUACUGGAUUAAUAAUGUAACAUAGGCAUGACUCUUCUCACGGUUAUACCGAAGCUGUUCUUUUUAAAGCUGGCACAUAGGAAAACUCAAAAUAAGAAAUCAGAUCCAGAUUAGAUUGUCAAUAAUUGAUGGUGUUGAGAAACUCCAGAUUAUUUUAUAUACCAUCAUGAGAAUAGAAACACAUUCAACAUACGCACAUAUAUAAAAAUAGAAGAAAGGGUGAUUGGUGAUGCUGUAAUCAUCAUCAUCAUCAUAAUCCCUCUCUUUUUCUGACUUGUUUCUUGGCGGCCAGUGUGCAAAAGUCUCUGCUUCUCCUGCCCAGUCUUCAUCCCCCCAUUAAUCCCCGUUCCCAAAACCCCGACUGGGUCUCAAUGAGAGAGGGGUCCCUGGCUGGAGACCAUGGAUGUAAAUGAAAAUCAUGACACCCAUCUAACCCAUGUGUAUUUGACUGUAGAAGGUAUUUCUUCCUUUAUGUCUUUAGUUUGUGUGUGUUUUGUACUUUUUAUUCUUUUUAUUAUUAAUGUUGUUUUUUUUUCAAUUGCUGGUUGUUCUACAGAUGUUCAUGUUAAUGAUGUGAAGGAUGAUCUGUUCUCAAUACUACAGUGUUUGGAUUGGAGCUUUGGUGAGGUAAGAAGGUGAAAUAUGAAAAUCAAGCUCCAGGGUCCCUGCUGCAAUCUUGAGCUUGGGUUGCUGUGUCUGUGGAGAUUUACAUGCUCUCCACAUCACUCCAGGUUCUCCGAUUUCCUCCCACCUUUCAAAAACAGGAGCUGGUAGGUGGAUUAACCCUCCAGCAUUUGUUCCUGCUUCAUGUCCAGUGUUACUCGGGCUCCACCGUGACCCUGACCAGGGUAAAUCAGUUGAAAAUGAAUGAAUAAAUGAAGGAAAGUCUAACAUUGAACGAAGGCUGUUCUGCCAACAUUUUAUCUGUGACCUUGAAACAGUCUUUAGCUAAAAUGUGGUGUUGAGAACAGAUUAACAAACCAAAGAGCCAUGAGUAGAAAGCUUCUUCUAGGUAAACUUAUCACUCUUUUGCCGCCUCACCCCUCUACCUUAUUUUGCUUAUCCGCAAACCUAGCUAAAUGUUCUCAGACCUCGCCGACAUCAUCAGCCGUGCAGUAGGAUGGAGUGUGUUCGUCAUCAGUACAGUCGAUGUUGUCCUUUUGGCCUGUGACUUGUUUCGAUGUCGUUCGGUUGUACAAUCAGAUUGGUUUAUUAGUUUUUUGUCAGCAUUAGCUACUAGCCGUGCAGUCAGUCACUGUGUUUAGGUGUGGUGUGGUGGUGGACGGUGAGAAAGGAGGCUCAGCCGGGGAUGUGAUCCCGGUAUCACUUGACCCCUUAUAUCCCGACCCAGUUUUCCUCUUUACGACACCAGCGGCGUCCACGGACUCGCGUAGCAGCUGGAACACUCUGUAUCUGUCAUGAGUACAUUGAUUUACUGUUUACACUUCAGAUUACGGAUCGGAGUGUGAAAUGCAGACAGAUCGGGCGUGAGCGGGAUCUGUCAAAUUGCAAAGUGUUUCUUAGUAAACGGAACAGCGCCGAAGAAAAGGUGAGAUAUUUUUAGCAUGCCGAAGUUACUCUUCUGAAGUGAUGACAAGUUUGAACACCACAUGCUAUAAUCUCAUUUAUCUAAGCUCUAAUAUUGUGUGGUCAGGUUUGAAUUUGUUCACUAGCUACAAACUUAACUACAAAGCGUUUGGUCUGGUUGAAAAUGUAGAUUCUAAGGGCAGGAGAAAAGCGUGACAUUUCUGAUGGAACAGUAUCUUCCUGGCAGUGGUUGACAGUUUUCAGAUCUCAUCAAAUACAUUCAGUGGAGCUGCUCCACUUCUGUCACUGCCUCUGUUCUGCCCCCCUGAUGAGUGUAUCAGCUGUAUGGAUGAUAGACAGACAGAUACACUCAUUUUUCUCUCUGUCUCUUUUUCUCUCUGUCUCUGAGGAUUGAAGCUCUGACACCUGCCUCCCAGACACACACUUUGCAGCAAUAGCAUAAAAAAUGGAUGGAUGAGCCUAAAAUAUUUCAUCACUUGCCUGGAAAUCAGAGGAAAGUUGCCUAAGAGGAGAAGAUAUUAAAUUGAAUUAUUUCCUCGUAUGAUAGAAAUGGUGAGAUUACUUAAGCAGAACCUGAUUUGAUACUGUUUAAUUGUGCAUUGUGAUCAUUUCCUGCAUAAGCUUACACACAAAAAUGCCCAACUUUGACCUAUAAAAGGGCACAGCCUUGAUCUUUCAAAUAUUAUUAAACCAGAUACAGUGAUAAGUAUCAUAUGAAUUACCAUAUGAAUUUCCAAAAGAUAUAUUAUGAACAGAAUAAUAUUUCUUUUUUUUCCUUUGAGCUUUAGAAAGUAGGUCUAACGCUCCCUCGCCCCCUCAACAGUCUGCUCUUGUCUGAACUUUCCUUCCCGCAUACACAGGCAACAGGAGACCCCUCGGUUUCAGAUACCCACAUGCGCACCGCUUCAUGACACUAGUUUUUUGCCCAUGGAAAGAAAGAUGUGUGUUUAGCUAAUGUAGUGACAUCAUCACUGACCAGGAUGCAGGCUAGUACCAUCACAGAGCCUUUCAUUUUAAGACAACAUGAGCAAAACAUUUAAAUCACUCACUGAAAAGAACCAGGUUUUGAUCAAACCAUGCUAAUUUUACAGUGAGAUUUUCUCUAAUGGUAAGAGGAUACGCUUCAUUUUCUGAAUCUUUUUUAUUCCCCCACAAUGUGUCUGGGUGGUGGAUGUCUUUUCGGUUUUUCAAGAGACUCGUUUUAUUUUAAAGUGUAUAAAAAACAUAGCAAUUAUCUUUUGUUCUUCUUGUUGAGCCUGACAAGUAAUCAGCUCAUAAAAGGCUGCGUCCCAAACUGUGCAACUAAAUUUACAAGAUACUAGCUGUGACAGCUACAAUGCUAGCUGUGGCUGCUAGUUGAUUAUUUCAUAACGUGUGCAGUUAGCUAAGGACGUAGCCCAACAUACAGACCGUACAAAUUUCUAACAGGUUUCUUCUAUAUUAAAACUAGGACUCUGCUGCCAUCUGCAGGCGAUUGUAUGUAAUUGCAUGAAUUCUAUUUUCCCCUUAUUAUACUGUAUAGGAGAAUUUUACAUAGAGCUUAUUACCUGCCAUAUGCUCUCAAUUAUUUUACACAGAGCAAAUUGUGACUGUUAGAUGAAAAAAUAAAUAAAUAAAUUCAAAUAACAAACGCAGAUAUACACCAACCAGGCAUAACAUUAUGACCACCUGCCUAAUAUAGUGUGUUGGGCCCCCUUUUGCUGCCAGAAUAGCUGCCAAAUGCAUUGUGUAUUCUGACCCCUUUCUAUCAGAACCAGCAUUAACUUCUUCAGCAAUUUGAGUAACAGUAGCUCGUCUGUUAGAUCGGAUCACACUUCGCGCCACACACCUUGGCCGCCCAUGACCCUGGCCCUCACUCAAAUCCUUACGCUUGUCCAUUUUUCCUGCUUCUAACACAUCAACUUUGAGGACAAAAUGUUCACUUGCUGCCUAAUAUAUCCCACCCACUAACAGGUGAGAUCGGAUCAUCAGUGUUAUUCACUUCACCUGUUAGUAGUCAUAAUGUUAUGUGUGAUUGGUGUAUAAAAAAAUCAUAGAAGGUUUGGGUUGAAUUUUACAAAAGUGUAUCAAUAUAGAAAUGAUUUUGAUUGUUUGUUUGUUUGUUUUCUUAAGAAUAAAAACAGUUACUAAUGUCUAUUCAAACUGUGAAAGACUGACUGGAAUACGGAUAGGCCAUACAAUCUAUAUCUGAAGUGCCAUGGUUUUCGGGUGACACACUUCUUGUUAUUGAUUUGUAAUUAUGACCAAUAAAUCUUGUUUAAGAGAUUAGGAAUUAUACUGUUGAACCUUUUCUCUCUUGUGAACUAGCGGAUCUGUGUGAUCUAUGCAUGCCUCUCCUUGCCAGACACACUUGUUCUUGUGUAAAAAAAAAUCUCUUUUCGUGUCUUUUAAUGCAUACUGCGGGGUUGGAUUAAAAAGAAAAAGAAAAAGAAAAGAAAUAUUAUCCAGGAUUUAAAUCCUUAUGAAUAAGAGCCAUAUAUAUGUGCACGGUUACCUGCUGGUGUGAUGUGCUUUAAUUAAAAAACAAAAAGUACUGACUGAUUUUCAGAACUAGGUCUAUUCUUUGAAAACAUUAUUUUUCUCUUCCAAGGACCAACAUGUCUGCUGAUCAUUUUAAAAAGUUAUUUAAAUAUAGUUAUAUAAGUUAUUUUAAUUUUUUUUUAUUAUUAUUAUUACAAUGAUUUCCUUUAUGCAUUUAUACUGUCUCAAUUCCCACACAAAUCCUGAUUUUUUUUCAUUUAUUUUUUUUAUUUAUUUUUAUAGAGGUUUAUAAUAUUGUGUUCUGGUCUCUGAUUUUUUUCACUCAGUCCUGCUGAUUAAGGGGGGAAAAAAAUCCACACUCACAGUGCCACAGAGAGCCACAAGAUGCUUAAAACACAAACGGAUGAUGUAUCAUGAUAGAUUGUUUUUCUUUUUAUUGUUUUUUUUUACUGAAAUUGUACACUG